CAGAAAGGAAACCAUUAGGAAAAACUGUAUACGAUUCCCGCCCCCGCCAAAACUUCUCAUAAAGACUAACCGACUUUAGAUCGACGCCUCAGUUAGCACCGUCGCGACGUUAAAGUAAAACCUCUCUCACAAAUAUGUCUAAACGUAACAAGGAAUUAGAAGCCGAAGUCUUAGACUGGAUUUCCAAAUGCCUGGGCGAACCUCUUCCAAAGGGUGAAUUUGAAGACAUCCUUAAAGAUGGAGUCAUCCUUUGUAACCUCAUGAACAAACUGACUCCAGGUUCAGUUAAGAAAAUCGCCACCAAAGGCACAAACUUCCAACUUAUGGAAAACAUUCAACGAUUCCAAGCUGGCAUGAAAGCUUACGGAGUGCCUCAGGAGGAAAUUUUCCAAACAGCUGAUUUGUUUGAGCGAAGAAACAUUGCCCAAGUUGUAUUGUCCCUAUACUCUUUGGCACGUUUGACUCAAAAACAUCCUGAAUGGAAAGGUCCUAGCCUCGGCCCUAAAAUGGCAGACAAGAACGAAAGGACCUUCACUGAGGAACAAUUAAAGGCUAGCGAAGGUCAUCUGGGUCUUCAAAUGGGUUACAACAAGGGCGCUUCUCAAUCUGGACACGGUGGUUUUGGUAACACUCGUCACAUGUAAAGCUUGUUUUUGUUAAUUUUUAUUAUUUAUUUUUAUAAUUGACUAUUUUAAUUUAUUCACUAAUUUAAUAAAUAUUUUUGUAGAUAUA